AGGGUGGUGGGGCGAGAGGACCAAAGAAGCCCGACGGCGGCAAAGGAGAAGGUGCUCGGCCCUGCCGUGCCGCUGCGCCGAUGAUGAUGACGGCGACGGUGGUGGUAACGGUGGUGGUGGUAGUAGUAGAAGGUGGAAAGGGAGGAGAAAGAGAGUAACAGAGAAGACGAAGCACAGGAGAGGCGAAGAGAGAGUCCUGCUCAGCGUGGACCUGUGCGUCGUUGCAUGGCCGACCUGGAGACUCGCUCUCCGCAAGGUGAGACGCGCGGACCAAAGAGGAGGCCUCGAAGGAUCGACAGGAAUUCUCGUGAAAGCUGACUCUUCCUCUUUCGCAUGUUCACGAUCGCGCGCGCUCGUGUUCUCCUUUGGCCACCUCUAUCAUUUUUCUAUAUCUCGCGUACGACUCCAGCUUCUCUUCUCCAAGUGUACCAAGGAGUGAGUGAUCCAUACUUUUCAUCGUGAGGGAUUUUCUGACUUUUCGCAAAGUGCUCUCCAUACAGAUACGCCAUAGAAGUGAGAUCUGAUUCAUCGUUUGUUGGUGAAAACACGUCGUUCUUCAUCAAUAUUAAACAGAAUUGUGUGCUUACGUUCGAAUUUGUUGAAGCUUCGAGUGAGGUACCUUAGAUAAGAGUAAAUCAAACUCUCAAACAAACUCGUCAUUGGACAUCUUCGUGGAAGUGACGUUGAGACGUAAAGUGCGGAGUCGACACGUUCAGUCGUGAUAACGUGUGCUCACGUCAGGAUGUAGCUUCUCUUAUCGAGUGCACGAAACCAAUCCUUCGUACAGCCACUAUUUCAUGUGCGCAUAUCCGUAGAGAGAAGUCUGCUGGCGUAGGCUCAAGGCGCAUGACACGGUCUUGUGUGUUUUCGGCACGAUAUCAAUUACCUCGCGUUACGAGAUCGAUCGGAGUUGUCAUUAGUAGGAUUUAUGAAUCUGAGUAUCUUUUGGAGCAAUUUCGUAAAGUUGCGCUGCUCUACGAAAGGUGAACAGUGUGUGUUUCCUCGUUAAAUCAUCGAUAAAUUUGCCUGAGUGCGCGUAAGUGUGUACACAUCGCUAGCACAGAAGACUCGUCGCGAAAGUAAACGUUGGAAUUUCCUUUCGGAGUCUCUGCCAAGACAAUCACGAUCGUUUCGCCUUGGAUUUAUUUUCGCUGACCACAUGAAAAUUAAACUGAGACACUCAUGACAACUUUAAUACCGGACAUGUGACUUGCACGGUGAAGAAGGGAGAGCGAUGGCAGCGGCGGAAACAGUUCUCCGAAGUUCCUCCGAUCUUCUCCCUAUUCGUGACAAUCAACGAGCCCACGAAGCAGAAGAGGGAAUCUUCACUCAGGUCACCUUGACAAAGCCUACGGGUUCGUGAAGGGCAUGAAAGCUCAUCAUGUUCAACCACCGAUACGGGCCACGAGCGCUGUUGACCUGCAACUUCCUCGGCAUCACAUUCUUUCUAUUAAUCGUCGCCGGUAGCUGCGAUGCGUUAAUUCAACCGAGUUCUACAGAUGUCAAUUCAACUGAAUUCGUCAAAGCGAAAGUUUGCAUCGGUACAAAUGGCCGUCUCUCCGUGCCGUCCAACAAACAACAUCACUACCGGAAUCUUCGAGACCGGUACACCAACUGUACUUACGUCGACGGCAACCUGGAGAUCACAUGGCUCCAGGAAUCCUUCGACCUCAGUUUUCUCCAAUAUAUACGGGAGGUCACCGGUUACGUGCUCAUCAGUCACGUGGACGUGCGCAAGAUCGUCCUCCCGAGUCUACAGAUCAUCCGUGGCAGGACCCUUUUUAAGCUCAAUAUUCACAACCAUGAAUUCGCCCUCUUCGUUACAAUGUGUCAAAUGCACAACCUGGAGAUGCCGUCCCUUAGAGAUAUACUCAAUGGGAGCGUGGGCAUGUACAACAACUACAAUCUCUGUCACAUGAAGACUAUUAAUUGGGAGGAAAUAAUCACAGGCCAAGGCGGAAAAUACUUUUACUUGUACAAUUUUACAUCGCCAGAACGAGUAUGUCCAGCAUGCGAUGAAAGUUGCGAACAAGGCUGCUGGGGCGAAGGUCCGGAGAACUGUCAGAAGUUCUCGAAGACGAACUGUUCGCCUCAGUGCUGACAGGGCAGAUGCUUCGGUCCUAAUCCGCGCAAAUGUUGCCAUCUUUUUUGCGCGGGUGGCUGUACCGGCCCCAAACAGAGCGACUGUCUUGCCUGUAAAAAUUUCCUCGAUGACGGCGUGUGCACGCAAGAAUGUCCGCCUAUGCAAAAGUAA